GCGCGUAGUAGGAACCGGGUCGGGAUUAUCGGAAGGCGCAGAGAGCUUCAGGCCCACCGACGGGCAGAGGGAGUUCCGAGUUGUGUGCGUGCGUGCGCAGCGACACGACACGACACGACACGACACGAGACAAUACCGAUAUGUCGGCUCGCGGUGUAACAGCGUGCCAGCCAACGCGCGCACCGCAUGCGCGCGCUCUACGCAAGCACGCAGCACCGUCGCGAGGACGCCUCGGCGCACUCUCGGGGCCCGUUGACCAGCCUCCCAGCGCACGCCUCUCGACGGCCGCCGCCCCCACCCGUCGCCGUCCUCGAGGCCGUCCAUCGCGGCAGUCCAGUCCAGGGCAGUCCAGCGAAGGCUGUGCAGUCUGUGCCCCCGCAUCUUUGUUCCGGAUCCGGAUCCCGGCGAGCUAGCAAGUCAGCGGACGGGGCCCUCCGCGCGGGCGGCGGGCCUGCGUGAGAUCUCGAUUCAGGAGAGGCAUGUGCAGAGCUGGAAAAGCGAUGGAAAGAGAUGCCGGCGAGGCGAAGCAGAGGAUGAAGCGGUACCGCGACGUGCGCGAUACGGCACCAUGGCCUACACGGCGCGACGAGAUAAGAUAUGGACCUACUGUACCACGAGAGCGCAGACAGCAUCAGUCGUCGCGCACAGCUAGGCGCUCAUUAUUAUCAUCAGCGAACACGAGGCGGACGGUGC